AGGUGGAGAAAUCAUACAACAGAACAAUGGCCAGUAAAGGAAAAUCUUACCAAGCUCCAACAGCUACUACCAUUGAAAUCGAGGCAUCUGUCCUCUUGUCUCUCAUCAGACACACUUCUGAAAACUACCCAGCCUUGUACUCUGGUGCUCUUCUUGGGUUUGAAGACGAUGAAGGUUCCGUAGAUGUUACCCACGCCUACCCAUUCCCUUACCCAGAUCAAUACGAAGGUGGAUCUCUUCGUUCUAAGAGUGGUGCUCAAUACCAACAAGAUAUUUUGUCUUCUCUCAGAACCUUGGGUUACGGAAUUGAUUUCCAAGGUUGGUUCCAAUCUACUGUCAGUGGUAACUUUGUCACCACCCAAUUGGUUGAUGCCUUGGUUCAACAACAACUUACCAACAAGAAUGCAUUCAUUUUGGUUCACAACAUGGCCUCCAUCGGUAAGGAACUUGACUUGAAGGCCUUGCGUUUGUCCGAAAGCUUUGUUAACACUUACUUGAGUGGUAAGUGGCGUUCAAAGGAUUUACAAUCCAACCGUUUAUCUUACUUGAAUAUCUUUGAUGAAAUUGAAGUAACCAUUCACAACCAACAACUUGUUAGCUUGUAUUUGGCUGGUGAAUCUGGUGAUGAAUCUGUCAACUCUUCUGAAUUUGACAUUCUUAACCUUUCAUCUAACCAAAACGCUACUGCACAACUUUUGGAAUCCCUCUACUCCCAAGUUGACUCGUACAAUUACGAUCAAAACAACUUUAACUACUACCAAAGACAACUCCAAAAGGAAAACAGUAAGAUCACCCAAUGGAAACAACAAAGAAAGGUAGACAACUUGGAAAGAGCCAAGAGAGGCGAAGAAGAACUUGACACUCAAGAAUGGGAAACUAUAUUCAGAUUGCCAGGUGAACCUUCUAGAUACAACAACAUGUUGCAUUCCCACGCCAUAGACGUUUUGGCUGAUGACAUUUUGAAGAAGUGUGACGAAGAGUUAACCAAGAGCUUUGCUAUUGAAAGAAAGUUGGUCAACGAAUAA